GCUUGUUAGCCGCUUACAGAAGGAGAAGUGAUAAUAAAAGUGUUCAUAUAAAGUGCACAUCGAAUCGACGACCACGAAAUGGCUGUUAUCGAAUCGGAAUGCAAAUCUAAAUCACGCAUGGAACUCUCGCUGAUGGAAUCCUCAUCGAUAGAGGAUUUGUCGGCGGUCAAUAAGAAACUAUCGCCGAUUCAGGAGUUCUAUCAUGGCCAAGGCAUCUUCAUUACCGGCAGUACUGGUUUUUUCGGAAAAUUAUUAUUAGAAAAACUUCUCAGAUUGUGUCUGGGAUUGGGCACCAUUUUUUUACUGGUGCGGCCAAAAAAAAAUAAAAACGUAUCACAACGGAUAGAAGAAAUUUUUGAUAAUCCGGAAUGCAUUCGACGUUUCUGGGAGUGUUCAACAAAGUUCGAGGAUCUUUCGGAAAUGGAAAAUUUUGCACAUCGAAUCGACGACCACGAAAUGGCUGUUAUUGAAUCGGAAUGCAAAUCGAAAUCACGCAUGGAACUCUCGCUGAUGGAAUCCUCAUCGAAAGAGGAUUUGUCGGCGGUCAAUGAAAAACUAUCGCUGAUUCAGAAGUUCUAUCAUGGCCAAAGCAUCUUUAUCACCGGCAGUACCGGUUUUCUAGGCAAGCUGUUAAUCGAGAAACUUCUCAGACUGUGUUUUGGAUUGGGAACUAUUUACUUACUAGUGCGUCCAAAGAAGGACAAAAAUGUACAACAACGAAUAGAAGAAACUUUUGAUAAUGUGGUAUUUGAAAGACUUAAAGACAAGCAACCGAACUUUCGGGAUCAAAUAAUUUCUAUAACGGGCGAUUGUAACCACCCAAAUCUCGGAAUAUCUUUGGAAGAUCGGGCUACUCUCAUUCGAGAAGUUUCGAUUGUCUUUCAUAUCGCGGCAACAGUAAAAUUUAAUGAGAAAUUGAAAUUAGCCGUAACAAUUAAUGUCGGUGGUACGAAAGACGUUCUAAAUCUUUGCAAGGAAAUCCCAAAUUUAAAGUCAUUUGUGUAUGUAUCAACCGCGUUUGCAAACUGUCCACAAAACGUGAUAGAAGAAAAAUUUUACGACGCACCAAUGGAUUACGACAAACUACUCGCUUUGAUGGAAUGCACGGAUGAUAAAUUGGCCGAUAUAACACCGCAAUUAUUAGGAAAAUGGCCAAAUACCUAUACUUUUACAAAAGCGAUGGCGGAGGAUGUAAUUAGGAAGCAGGCUGGUGAUUUGCCAAUCGGCAUUUUUCGUCCUUCCAUUAUAAUUUCAACGUAUCGAGAACCUAUACGAGGUUGGAUCAACAAUUUAUACGGUCCAACAGGAAUUACUGUUGGUGUUAGUAUUGGAUUGCUGCGAUCGAUUUAUUGCGAUGGUUUAUUAGCCACAAAUGUGGUACCUGCUGAUUUAGUAAUCAAUGCUCUUAUCGCGAGCGCAUGGGAUACAGCUAAUAUAAGAUUAAAGAACAAUUUACUUAGUGACAUUCCGAUUUAUAAUUACGUGGCUAAGGACAACCCAAUAAUCUAUAAUGAUAUGAAAAAAUUCUUGGAAGAGGGGAUUAACGAAUUUCUGACAAAGCAAUGUGGUAUUGCAGCUUCAGAUACACGAAGUACAGACUUAUUUAUCUUUUUUUCAUAUAUUUCGGCCACUUAUUCCCCUAUGCUGGUCGACAUCGUGAAUUUUUGUCGGAGAAAGGAACUGAGACUGCUUAAGCUUUACAAAAGGAUACACACAUCCAUAGAUGUGUUGAAAUAUUUCUCCACAAAAGAAUGGAUAUUUACUAAUGAUCGAGUACGCGAGAUGAUUGCAAAGUUCACGUCCAAUGAUCGUAAAAACUUUGAUUGCGAUAUAAAGAAUAUCAAUUGGAAAGUUUACUUCAAGAUGUAUAUACGAGGAUUGAGAGUGCAUCUCAUUAAGGAUCCCCUGGGUACUCUGCCGCAAGCACGCGUUAAAUGGCAAAGAUUGUAUUGGUGCCAUCAAGCGUUAAAACUCGUGUUAACUUUGAUCGGCAUGACGUUCUGCUUGUUAAUCAUAUCUAUGGUCUUUAAAUGUUUCAACGAAAACAAAUGACGCAGGGACGGUGCAAGUAGUAGAUAAGAUCUUAAAUCCAAGAUAUGCGUUUUGAAAAUGUGGGAAUAAACAGUAAAAAUUAAUAUUUUAUUUUUAAGAAAAAAAGCACGACUACAUUCUCUCGCAGAGAAUUGAAUUGAAAAUAAUCGUCAUAAUUAUAUGUUGCGACGACUUUUCCGUCGGACAGAAGUUACCCGCCGGUAAGCGUGUCAAACCUCGUUGCUCUAUUUAAUUGAGUUAUUAAUUACUGCAAUACUUAUAGUUGGGCGCCGGGCGCGGAUUAACGCGCCGCACAAACGAAUACGUUAGAGUUCAUAUUUUUAUUAAUGAGCAACGGCGAUAAGCGCGACUAGCCCGCUUUACAAAUGGCAGAGGGGCGAGGUUCUUUAGAGAUGCUAAAUACCGAUUUGGAGAAAGGAGUCUAAAAUAGAUGGUUAUCAAGAACACAUUAAUUGAUAACAAAUAACAUUUAAUUCUAGUAAUUAGAUCAAGUGAGAUUGACGCCGGGUGAUAGACGUCUUAACCAUCCCGCGAAGGGGAGAUAUCACCCGAGUCGAAAUUUUUAGCCUAGAUUAAAGCUACAAGUUUUGUCGAAUUUGGAGAACCAAUGUAAGCU